GGAGUCGAAGCACUGGUCAAGAGAUUGACAAUAGUGCCCGGCGAAGACCGACUGUCAGUUCAGGCCAAUCAAAACGCUACCCUAUUAUUCCGAGCGCUUUUGAGGUCAACGCUAUGCACCCGAAAGAUCACAGAACAGGACCGGCUCUCCAGCGAAGCCUUUGAUUGGCUGAUCGGUGAGAUUGAGACCCGUUUCCAACAAUCACAGGUACAGCCGGGAGAAAUGGUCGGCGCUUUGGCCGCCCAAUCCCUCGGAGAACCGGCCACUCAAAUGACACUCAAUACUUUCCAUUACGCCGGUGUGUCCGCUAAGAACGUCACUUUAGGCGUUCCGCGAUUGAAGGAAAUUAUUAACAUUUCAAAGUCACCAAAGACUCCAUCACUGACUGUCUUCCUAACGGGUGCGGCGGCCAGAGAUGCCGAGAAGGCUAAGGAUGUGUUGUGUCGUUUAGAGCACACGACUCUGCGUAAAGUGACGGCCAAUACUGCCAUAUACUACGAUCCCGACCCUCUCAACAGCGUUAUCGUUGAGGAUCAGGAGUUUGUG